GUUUAUCUGUUUUCGAAAAUUCUGCGUUCGGAAUCUUCAGAUGGCUGUGGAUGUUGUGUAUGCGAUUAUCUAGUUACUAUUUUGUUCCUAUGGAUAUGUACCUUUGCUAUGCCUCUUCAUGUAGAUCCACGUAAACACGAACUUCUGGAAGCUAGAAUUCAGGGAACUAACCAUAUAAGGUCAACCAAUAAUGUGCCUCGCUCCACAAAGUCUAAUUCAUAUGCUUCUGGAUAUAUGUUUCCAAUAGCAGAAGAACCUUCCCGCACUCCAGAACACUCAGUUUUACGUGGUUCUUCCAGUCCAUUCAGUUCAGUCGGUGAACAUGACCUAAGUACUAGUAGCAGUGAGAUUAAGCCGGUUUCCACAGUAGUUCCUUCGAUAUCAGUUGAAAUCAAUGAAAGAAUUCCGAGUGCUACAGAUCCAGGCAAAAAGUUGCAUAACCCAAAUUGCCAUAACAUUCAUCGACUGGAGGUCACUAGUCCGGGUCUUAAUGUUCAAGAUUCUCAGAUCUACGUUCAGACGCAAGAAGAUUAUGUGACUUCACCUACGACUCCAAAAAAAAAGAGAAUCCCUUCAAGUUCUGUAGGAGAGUCUGACAACACAUCAAAUGACGGUCUUCUUACUUCCCUCGUAAAAUCGGACGAUAAGUUGAUAGAAGCUUUGGCUCCUGGUAUCCCAGCAAAUCCUCUUGGUUCGCCCCAAGGCCUGCAGUAUGUUUCAAGGUCGAACUCUAUUCACACCCCAACCACUGUUGCGGGCAACAGUCCUGUGAAACAACCCUAUACAUUUGUAGAGGAAAAAAAUGCUCCGUAUCCCACAUUCCAAAUUUCCGUCCAACCAUCUGCAGCAUUUAUCGAAACAAACAAUCCUACAUACCACUUAUCUCCUUCGAUAGGAUCACAUACUCCAACUCCUGGUGGACAGGGUGAUUCGUUGCCAUCCCGAAAUGGCACAAAGAAACGGCGAAAGUUAGUGAGUUCUGAUGAAGGUCAUACACCGAAACCUAAAAAAAUGGUUUGCCAAGAACGUGGUUCAAAGCGUAUCGAUGAAAUCUUUAAAUUCAUGCCUGGGCCAUUAUAUACAUCCUGUGGUUCAACCAGUCCGACACAAAAUCCUCGUCUACAGAGUCCUUCUCCUACAGGUGCCCAUUCUCUUGAUAAUCAAAUGGUUGGAGUAAACCAUAAUUACAUCCCGUCGCUAAAUGAAGCUGUGACUACGAGCUGCGCAAGCAACGAUCAAAUGAUUAUUACGUCAGUAACAGGAAUUCAGUAUGCAAAUAAUGCAGCUACUUUCCAGUUGUCACCUGUCCGUGCCAGCAGUACAGCAAGUUUAAGUGAUAGCUCCGGUGAUAAUCCUGUAUCGAUGAUUGGGUUAAGUAUGGUUGCGAAUGUAAACGCGAAUCCAACUUCUUGUACAAUACCCUGCAAUGCUAAUCCAUUGCCUACUUAUUCUAACCUUCAGCUACCUGCUAAUCUUAAUUCAUCAUAUCCUCAAGUUGGACAACCUAGUGUUGGUUAUCUAAGCUCUGGAUCCUGUCCUAAUAAUCCCAUGACAUCAAAUGUUCCAGCCGUUUCUGGGUCACCCACAAACAACUUCAGAUCUCAUGUCGGGGUGCAAACAGAUGAAACUGUCACUCCACCGCCAACUGCCGAAUGUGUGGAAGGUUCACAAUGCACAAACAUCACAACUUUGCAUAAUAAUCCUCCCUUAGUUACAACCGGUGGACCUGCUUCAUCUGUUCCACUAACUUCAGUUGAGAGUCUUCAGCGUCGAAUAGCUGAUUUAGAACACGAAACUGUUGUUCAACGAGAGACCAUCACAAAAUUACAAGAUAAUGCCAUUCGUUCCCGCGAAAUGAUACGCGAAUUGCUGAUUGAAAAAAGUUUACUCGAAAGAAAGACUACACGUCAAAAAGUUAUGGAAAACCGUUUACGGUUAGGUCAAUUUAUCACCCAAAGACAGGGUGCUCAUUUUGAAGAGAAAUGGAUCGAAGGUUCGAGAUUUAAGGAAUUAGAUCAGCGCCGUAAGAAUAUUGAACUUGUUCGUGAAGAGAUUGAACGUAAAAAGAAACAAUGGAACAAGCGUAAACCAAAUGUUGGGGAUGCUAAAAAGAGUACUAAAUCUAAAUACGAUGAAGUCUCCGUGGAUGAAUUUUAUGAACAAUUAGAAAUUUAUGAUUUACGUAAACAGAUGCUUGUUAAAGAAGAUAAAGAAAUUCAAAUGGAAUUAGAGCGAUUAGAUCGAGAAAGAAAUUUGCAUAUUCGAGAAAUUAAACGAAUUUCUAAUGAAGAUGCAUCUCGUUUUAAAGAUCAUCCAUUACUGAAUGAACGAUAUCUUUUGCUUAAUUUACUGGGCAAAGGUGGAUUCUCGGAAGUUCACAAGGGUUUUGAUCUCGUAGCUAAUCGAUAUGUUGCUUGUAAAAUUCAUCAGCUUAAUCCUUCUUGGCCUAAAGAUAAAAAAGAUAACUACAUUAAACAUGCGUUAAGAGAAAUUGAGAUUCACAAAACGUUACACCAUCCGAGGAUAGUAAAAGUAUUCGAUGUGUUUGAUAUCGAUCAUGAUGCAUUUUGUACUGUACUUGAAUACAGCGAAGGUAAUGACUUAGAUUUCUUUCUUAAGCAAAACAAAAGUAUUCCGGAACGUGAAGCCAAGUCGAUUAUAUGCCAAGUGGUUUCUGCUUUGAAAUAUUUAAAUGAACGUAAACCUCCAGUAAUUCAUUAUGACUUGAAACCAGGUAAUAUUUUACUGGGUUCCGGCCAAGUUGCUGGUGAAAUCAAAAUCACGGAUUUUGGUUUAAGUAAACUUAUGACAGAAGAUAAAUACAAUCCAGAGACUGGAAUGGAUUUAACCUCCCAAGGAGCAGGCACUUAUUGGUACUUACCACCGGAAUGUUUUGAGACAGGGCGGGAACCUCCAAAAAUAUCUUCAAAAGUGGAUAUAUGGUCUGUUGGUGUAAUUUUCUUUCAGUGUUUGUUUGGAAAAAAAGUUAGUUUUCUGUAAUUUCCCACUUAUUUUCAACAAGUUAUUCUUGUUCUUAAAAACUAAUUAGUUAUUUUACAUUUAUACUGCCUACCUUUUCUCUAACUACUACAUUUUAGUGACAGCAUUAUCUUUCCAUCGGAUAACCUAGCUCGAAGAAAUGAUCAGUUGCCAAACAGUUGAAGGCUAAGAAAGACUAGAUAGCUAGACAGAAAAGUUUUAAAAUUGAGUUAAAACCCCAUAAACCACGUAUUUAAGUAUAGCCAUUUAUUUACUAGUAAUGAUAAGCCUUGGAAUAAAUCCUUGCAGUUCUGCUGUUUAAUUGGUGAUCAAUCAUAUCGAUAUAACACAGUUAUAGCAGCGAUAUCAUUGAAUAAUCAUCUCUACGUCGCUAGUCGAUCGAAGUUGAGUUCUGAUAAUCGUCUAAUGUGUCGUAUUUGUCACGAAAAUUGAAGUUCCUCAGGUUUGUUUCCCAUAUGAUGCAUUGCUGAGAAGUCCCAAACCAAAAUGGAUCAAUUGUCAGGUGAUUUCUGGUUUAUUCAUUUCACGCCAUUCCAUGAUGAGAAAACCACUUUUCUUUUUAAUUUUGAUAUUGAAGUAGUAUCACUGGUAUAUAAGCAAUAGAUACAUUUUUCGUUUGUUUUUUCCAAUAUAUAGCCAUUCGGUCAUAAUAUGUCCCAAGCUGAUAUUUUGCACGAAAAUACAAUUCUCCAUGCACGAUCCAUUGUAUUCCCUUCCACUACAAAAGUUAGCGAUGGCGCAAAAGAAUUUAUUCGAAAGUGUUGUACGUAUAGAAAAGAUCUCCGACCGGAUGUCUUUCAACUUAGCAACGAUGAUUAUCUUAAGCCUAAAGCUCAACUCAAACAUUAUCUCGAUACAUCUACACUCCCUGGUCCUGUCGGUGUCCCACUAAAUAUGGCUACUCCCCCGCCUUCAACUUGUAUUGAUCCCUCUAUCCCCACUCCUGGUAGCAACCAGUGUAUAAUAUCUGGAUUUCCAACAAACAAUCCUGGAAAUUGCGCUGCCCAACCCCACCCACAACAUAUCCUUCAACAUCAACAGCAGGCCACAUCUUUCUCCGUGCUACAGAAUCAGGAAGCUACUCCAUCAUCACAACCUUCAACAUUGCCACCACCAAAUCAGACAGAUUUUAUAACAAGACGUUGUAUUAGUUAAGCAAUAACUGAACAUUAUAAAGCGAAUAUUACACUUCAUCUUUGUUUAACUAAUACAACGUCUUACCAUAAAAGUUUUCUGAUUUGUGAGAAUAUCGCGUCAUUUCAUCGCAAUAUUAGCGAUCAGCGAUGCUGCUUCUUGUAAUAGUUUAGACUAUGAUCAUUGCUCUCUGUCCCUGCGUGUGUAUUAUCAAUUUCUUUUCAAUGUUGAAGCGUAAUAGUCUUUCAUAUUCCCAAUAAGAAAGAUUAUCCUGGAAAUCUUAGUAGAAUAAACCGCUUUUGUCUCUAACCUAUGCGUGAUGUUUCAAUAGUAUUUGAAUUGAAGUUUCAUAAUAAUAUCUGUGUUCGAUACCAUAUGUUUGAUUAUAACAAGUAAUUCCAAGCACAAGAUCUGCAAUAUCUCUACAACUUCGCGUAUUAUAUUCAUUCAACUUGUAAAUAAAAAAAUUUGUAUUAAAAAAAUCUUAAACACU